CAUGAGAGAGAAAACCCUGAAAAGGUGCAAACAUGGAGGCAAGCACUGUCCCAACUGGUCAGCAUUCCGGGCGGCCAGUACUCGGAGAUUUGGGAGAUGCAGAGCUGAUCCAUAAAAUUACCGAUGACAUAUGGAAUAUAUUGGUCGCUUCCAAGUCAAGUGAUUUGUGUGGCCUUGUGGGGAUGGAUCGCCACAUGAAAGCCAUGUAUGGAUUGUUAGAUUUAGGAUUGAAAGAUGAAGUUCGUCAUAUCAUAAUUUGGGGUAGCCAAGACAUCGGCAAGACUGAGUUUGCAAAAUAUCUGUAUCAAGAGAUUUUGCACAACUUUGAUACCCAUGUCUUGUUAAAUGCUCCACCAAGACGUUCGCGUUACCAUAAGAACUGGUUGGCAAAACCUGUGCGUUCUCGACUUAAGAGAGCAAGAACUUUGUCAAAAACAUCAAAGGACACUGCAUCAAGGGUUCUCCUCGUACUGGAAAAUGUGAAUGAAUCAAUUGACCCAAUAAAAGAACUUGCAGAGGAGAUUAAUUCUUUUGGUCCAGGGAGCAGGAUCAUUACAACCACCCGAAACUUGCAGUUCAGUUCGACUACCCCUUUACGACUUCAAUAUGAAGUUGUAGGGCUGGAGUUCUCUGAAGCUCUCCAGCUCUUCUGUCUCCAUGCUUUCGAGCAGACUCAUCCUUUUCUUGGUUUUGAAGACCUUUCAUGUCGUGCAGUGAAACUCGCAGGUGGUUUUCCUUUAUCCUUAAAAAGAUUAGGCUCGAGAUUUUCUGGUAGAAAAAAGGAUGAGUGGGAAGUGAUCUUGUUUGGAUACGAAAUUUCAGCUGAUAACGAUGAAUUCUACUGGGAAACUAUAUUGCAGUGUUUUGAAGAAAAGCAGAAUAAAGGUACAAUCAGAGUACCAGUCGAAUAGCCAUAGCAAGUAGAUGAUAAAACAUUAGUUUUCUUCAUAUAUUGCUGGCCUCUUUUUCUGGUAUGUAUUGGACCACAUAACAAGGUUACUCUGAAUGGGAUGCUAAAUCGGGACUGGAAGUUGAAGAAUAAAUUGAUACCUCUGUA